GCCUCGCGAGAGAGAGAGAGGAGAGAGAUGGCGGGGUAUGUGAACUUGUAUAUGUCUCCGCACGUGACUCUCUGCUCGCCACGUGCCUCUCUUUUCCGGGAACCAACCAAAAAUCUCCGACGAUCGCCGUCAAUCGUCGCCCCCAGGCUUCAGGUUAUGGCGGCGGACCAGACGCCUCUGAAAAUAAUGAUAUCAGGAGCUCCUGCUUCGGGUAAAGGUACACAAUGCCAGCUCAUCACUCAGAAAUAUGGUUUGGUGCACGUCUCUGCUGGAGAUUUGCUGAGAGCUGAAAUCGUUUCUGGGAGUGAGAACGGAAGACUGGCAAAAGAAUACAUGGAGAAAGGGCAGUUAGUCCCUGUUGAAAUAGUUGGGAUGAUGGUCAAAGAUCGUUUGUCACAGACGGAUUCUGAGCAAAACGGAUGGCUUUUAGAUGGAUAUCCUAGAAGCUCCUCGCAGGCUACAGCUCUUCAGGGAUUCGGAUUCCACCCUGAUCUUUUCAUUCUCCUCGAAGUUCCUGAAGAUAUUCUAGUUGAAAGAGUCGUUGGGCGUAGACUAGAUCCUCUCACGGGAAAAAUCUACCACUUGAAGUAUUCUCCUCCAGAGACAGAAGAGAUCGCUGCUAGGCUCACCCAACGUUUUGAUGAUACCGAAGAGAAGGUAAAACUGCGGCUGAAGACUCAUAACCAAAAUGUGAGCGAUGUGCUCUCUAUGUACGACGACAUAACUAUAAAGAUAAAAGGAAACCGUCCCAAGGAAGAAGUGUUUACCCAGAUUGACACAGCUCUUUCCGAAAUGCUUCAACAGAGGAACACAGCUCCAAGUUCACAUUUUUAAGUUGAAUCCUUGGUACGGAUCUGAGGAAGUGUUUUGACCAGAUCGAUACUGCUCUCUCUGUCUAAACAAGCUUCAACAGAAGGGAACACUGCCAAGUUCACUUUUAAGUUGAAUCAUUCUUGGCACAGAUCUAACCGGCGGUAAAUAAUCCCCUAUGGCAUUUAUCGCAUUCCAUUGAUACCUCCUGAAUUGCAAUAAAGGAUCUGUUUGUCUCCAGUAAGAUGAUGUUUGUCUUUCUACCCCAAUCCGCAAGAUUAUGCUACCUUCUGCUUUACACUCUGUAGAGUUACUGAACAUAACUCCAUUGUGUUUUUCUUGUUGCAAUCAUAUAGAAUGGCAUUUUCUUUUUUACUAAUCUUGACAAGGGUGAUAUAAGCUAUUCACAUGAUUUUUCGGCUAC